GGAAAAGGUUAAAACGAUAGGGAUCGAUGAGGAUAUUAACAAACUCUCAGCCAUUGGAUCAAAAGACAAGAUAGAGAAUAUCAACCGUCCAAUAGAUGCCCUACGAUUCCCAACUUUAUGAGAAAGAGGAAUCCGAUGCGUCUCCAAGUACAACAAACGCGCGGCGAAGUAAUUUUUCCGAGUUUCAUCAGUCUUUUUAUAUAUAUAUCUAUUUAGCUGAUAUUUCAGCCAUCACUCUUUGAUCGCCUGAAUCUCUCUCACUUCGGCUGCGGUUUUCGUUCUCUCUCUCUCUCUCUCACAAAUCGUAUUUUUGUUCGCCGGAGGGAGAAUCUGAGCCAUGUCUGCAACCCAGGACGAAGACAAGAAGCCCGGAGACGGAGGAGCUCACAUCAAUCUGAAGGUCAAGGGACAGGAUGGCAAUGAGGUGUUCUUUAGGAUCAAGAGAAGCACUCAGCUGAAGAAGCUCAUGACUGCUUACUGUGACCGACAAUCUGUGGACAUGAACUCCAUUGCCUUCUUGUUCGAUGGACGUCGUCUGCGUGCAGAGCAAACUCCCGAUGAGCUUGAAAUGGAGGAUGGUGAUGAGAUCGAUGCGAUGCUCCAUCAGACUGGUGGCGGUGGUGGUGGCGGCCUGAAACUUGUCCGUGUUUAGGGAUCGUGGAUCAUAAUAAGAUUGUGUGAUAUGAAUGGUUAAGGAGUAAUCGGCAUUAGGAUUUGCAGGCUUGUUUUUUUUUAAUCGUGACCAUUGUCUUUAGAAACUAUAAAAAGAUGGUCAUGAUGGUUGUUAAGGAACCUUUUGGUUGAUCUUUUGGUCUUGUUCGUUUGGUAUUUGGAUCUUAUGAUGAUACUAUUUGGGCUUAAAGGUGUUAUUAACUCGCUUGUCUUUUGUUUCUGUUUGAUGAUUUAGUUCCUAUGUUUUAUCUAGGUAAAAUAAUCGAUUAAUUGGGGACCCUUAACACAUGUACACUACAGUGAGAAUUAGAUAAUCGGAGAAGAAUGAUCAGAUCCUACAACCCGAUAUUUGUUGCGUAGAUUCAUCAAAAUGUUAUCAUUAAGUAGAUUCGUCCAAACACUAAUGUAUAUUAAAUUUACGCUUAUUCUUGUUAAUAGUCUUUUCCUGCAACUUCUUUGUAAGCUCAAGUGAUCUCUCACAAAAUAUCUUAUGUCUAAAUUCAAAGUGCUCAAAUCCCAUACACAUGAAGCGAGAUGAGCGAGAGAGAGAGAG